ACUACCAACUGACUUUGCGCCUCCAUCAGCUGAUGAAUCGUCUAAUCCUGCAAUCCGUAUACAAACACAAACAAAAACUGUUUGGACAGCGCGAUAACUUCGCCGCGGGUUUAAAUCGAAAUUAACUUAAUUGAAAAUACCGCCCGCCGACAACGACAUGCAUUGAAUCGUUCGCAAGCCGGUGGUAAUCUGUAACGAUGGCACGCGAUGACGAGCACAUCGCCGCCGCCACCAUCGACAACAAUACCAUCAAAACAACUAGAGAAUGAUAUCAAGUACCUUAUUAUCCCUAUUGUUGUUGUGGUAGUCAUCAUGAUACUCUCCGCAUUGGUUUAUUGCAUGGCGAAACGCCGUCAUAACCAGCAGGUGCGCGAGAUUAUUCUUUCGCUCUAUGAUCUCGACUACGACCACGAUGAAUGGGAACCGCUCAAUUCCUACGAUCACGACAGCUACGACGCGACGGGCAGGUGGCAGGAGCAGGAAACAACAGGCCAGUACAAUACUUCUUAUGUUUAAACCAAACACAAAGAUGCCAUCAAACCUUGAUCUGGUGUUACCUUUUUUAACUGUUGUUGCAGCUCUCUGUGUUUGUGGUGCUUUGGGUGCUGCUCCUUUGAACUGCAAGUCAUUCCUGGCUGCAAUUGUUUUAUAUUUCAGUGUGGGUGCUUUGCCUUCCAACACAAACACCAUUUGGACGUCAUGUAGCACGAGGAAACACGUACGAAAGUAUAAAUUCCUACAAAAUAUAAUUAUAUUGUAUAAAGGGAACAUAAAAAUAAAAUAAAAAAGUUGUUUUACCGGA